AUGCCUAGUCAGAAUGCGUUGCGGAACUACUGGGGCCGUACCCAAACGGAGAAGGGGGAGGCCGAGCUGCUACUGGGCUAUACCAUCAACACCGAGUUCACUGCGAACAUGAUGACCCCUAGCAAGCAGGCCUAUGUAUAUUGGGGAUGUGCAAUGUGUGCCUUUCGUCCGGUUUCGGUGAACAAGGCUCAAACUGUGAUGUAUAUUGCCUUGCAUUGGUUACCAAUGUUGCCACCCAGUGUCAAGCGAAGUGACCAUGUUUCGCCUACCGAGAAGUUAGAACCCAUUUGGAUUGGUAUCUAUAACUGGGAGCGAAAAGUGGAAAUGCAAUCAGGCGAUAUCAUCACUGUUACCACGGAUGACCCACUAAAUCGACCUCUCCCUUUAUGGGACCUGCUUCUCCUCAUGUGGCACCUAACAAGGAUCGCAGCGAUGCAGGGAGCUAGGGAGGAUUCAGAUGAUGAUCUUCCAUCAGAUAACGAUAUGGAUCCAAUUCCCUCAGGGACUAAAACGACUAUAACGGGCAGGAGACAAGUUUUUCCCGGUCGGUCGCCAGCAGCUCCGCGGAUAGGUACUCCACCCCGACUACCGAUUCGCCCUAAUCGCUAUCACCCGAACGAGAGAGAGCGAGAUCUUUGCAACCGGUAA